UACCGAGUACAUUGUACAUUGUACAUCAUUCUCCAUGGCAGGUUGCCAGAUGGGGAGAGGAAAGCUUUGGCUCACCGCGGCUAACCCCUUGGUCCCCUCCCCUCCCCCGAUUAUGCCGGCCCCAUCUGACCGACAGAAUGAUAUAACGUGAGAUCAUCCCUAGAAAAAAAAAACCACAGCAAUCAGCAGACCCGCGAUCUGCAUAAUGAAUUGUUCGAAUGAUGUAAGCCAGGCGGGAUUGAACUUCUUGCUGUUUUACAGGAUGAACGAUCCGCAAAAGUUCGGUAGUUGGGGUAGUCGGUGUAUGUACUGUUCAGUGCUCCGUAAAGUCUCAGAAUUGAUUAUGAUGCUGACCCGGGCCUCGGGGACUCCUUUCCUUUCUCGUCUCUACCGUAUCCUAUGUGGCCUCUUCAGAAUCCUUGUGCCAUUAGCCUGUUAUGUACUUAAUUUUUGCUGGAAAAAAAAUUUCUUGAGUAAAAAAGAGAAAGGCGUGUGUCGAUUACUCGGCAGAUUCCGUAACUCAGGAAUUCUCUCCUUUUCUUUUCUUUUUCUUUUGGGUCUUUUUUUUAAAAAAAAAAAAUUAGUGCUAUUACUCCAUAGUUCCAAUCCCUUCCUGUUGUUCCCCACUAAGACAGCAGACAACGACGACGACGACGGCGGCGGCGGCGGCAUUACUUCCCGAUUCUUUGAUCCCUAGCCCUGAGGGUAGUUACUGUGUAGUUAGUUCUACCAAUUUCUUCUUUCGGAGACUUUCACACAGAGAUCCUCAGACUCAGACCA